AUGGCAAACGAUGCUCCCUUUGAGUGGUGGAGGCCAGCGAAGGGCACGAUUUCUGAGUUCAACAAAAAGGGGAGGGAGAUUCGUCCAACACUAUACCCUAUAGGAAGUUUGCUUGUGCAGUUAAGAUAUGAGAAAGGUGACCGGAACCCAUGGUACGAGUUUGUGGUGACACAGCUUGAGCCUGCUUACGACAACCUUCCCACCGCCGUCAUUGAGGGGAUGAAAAUUUACGAUCCUGAGCCCUUUAACGACCCAUCAGGGGCUUGCCGAGAUUGCGGCUUCCGUUUUUCCAUGUCGGGAGAAGAACUCUUUCCAGGUUCUGUCGUUAUGGGCAUGAAUCGAGAGGAGCCUUGUGCCAGAACUGGUGUGGUAUCCGACAGUGACGACUUUCUGUUUAUCAGACUUGUCUCUGCUCGAUCAACUCGAGGAUACUGCGAAGCCUCGUCAGCAUCAUCAUCAUUAUGGGAUUACCUCGUGAGCCCUACCUUCUUUUCAAUGCUCCCACUCGCAAUGUUGACUGUCUUCAUGAACUCGGGUCCUGCCUCUAAGCCGAGUGUCUCGAGGGAGAUCCCUUUGUACACCAUUUGCAAGGCCUUGGCAGGGGUAAACAUCGUUUUGAAGGCGUGUUAG